AUGGACUCCGAAAGCCAAACCCAGACCCAGACCCAUGAUGCCUCCAGCCCCUUUCCCCCGGAUCCAUCCGGGGACGCACCAACCAAACCCAACACCAACGAAAACGAUCCCACCCAGAACCAAGGAUUAACCCUCAAAUUCACACCAUGGAGCAUGCUCUGCCUCGCCUUCUCCGUCCUCGGCACCUACUCCACCUUCGCGCAGGACCUCUCUUCGGGUCUUACGAAUGGCGGGCCCAUAACGAUCCUCUGGGGCUUGGUGCUAGUCACAGCGUGCAAUCUCGCCGUCGCGCUAUCACUCGGUGAGCUGACGAGCUCCAUGCCCACGGCGCUGGGACAGGCGUACUGGGUUCAUCGGAUGUGGGGGACGAGGACUGGGAGGGUAGUGAGUUAUAUGUGUGCGUGGAUUAAUGUGUUUGGGUGGUGGACGUUGGGAGCGAGUAUGAUUGCGUUUAUGACGGAUUUCACCCUCGGUCUUAGGGCACUGUUUGGACAGGGGGAGAGUGCGGGUUGGUUGAAGUUUGUGCUGUAUGUGGUGUUUACUUUCAUCCUGACGGUGGUUAAUGUGGUGAGUUGUCGACGGGAUCGGAUAUUGCCGUGGUUGAAUAAUUUCGUCGGGGCGUGGUUUAUCGCGUUGUUUGGGAUACUCUCGUUGGCGAUGUUGAUCGGGGUAGGUGUGAGAGAUAAUCGGACCUUCCAGUCUGGGACGUUCGUCUUUGGGGCGUGGAUCAACGCGACUGGCUGGAGCGACGGUGUUGUCUGGUUCACCGGCCUCGUGCAAGCAGCAUACGGUCUCACGGCAUUCGACUCGGUGAUCCACAUGGUCGAGGAGAUUCCGUCCCCACGCACAAACGCUCCCAGGAUCAUCUACCUCGCCGUGGCCUCCGGCGCAAUCACGGGCUUCAUCUUCAUGGUCGUGUGUCUCUUCUGCAUCCAGGACGUGGACGGCGUCGUCAACGCCUCGCUGCCCUUCGUCACCCUCAUGAACGAAACCGUCGGCCGCGACGCCGCCACCACCCUCCUCGUGCUCUUCAUCUUCAACGGCCUCGGCCAGGGCAUCAGCAUCCUCACCACUUCCUCCCGUCUUACCUGGGGCUUUGCGCGCGAUGGCGGAUUACCUUUCAGCACGUACCUCUCGCAUAUUGACCCCGUCUGGAAAGCACCCGUGCGUGCGCUCUGGGCGCAGGGUGUCCUCAUCGCGCUAGUCGGGGUAUUAUACCUCUUCGCGGACACCGUGCUCGAAGCAAUCCUCAGCGUCAGCACAAUCGCACUGACAAUCUCCUACGGUAUUCCCAUCGCCGUGCUCCUCUUCAUCACGGGUCGUGAGAACCUCCCCUUGGGGUGUAAAUUCCACCUCGGCCGCUGGGGGAGUACACUCAACUACGUGAGUCUGGUGUAUUGCUGUGUGACGACGGUGUUUUUCUUCUUCCCGGGCACGCCGCAGCCGAAUGUUGCAGAGAUGAACUGGGCGAUUGCGGUGUUUGGGGUUAUGUUGGUGAUUUCGUGUGUGUUUUGGGGGGUGAAGGGGUGGAGGACGUAUUUGCGGACCGAGGAGGCGGGGAUGAGGAUGCUUGUUGCGAGGGAGUUGGAGCAGGAAUUGGAAGAUGAGGCUGAAGAAGAACGACAAGCUGUGAACGCGGGUAAAAAGUAG